AUGGAUCUGAAAUUAGUAAUCCUCUUCCUUUUCCCAGUUGUGAUUGGAAGCCUGGGGAAUCUCUCACUUCUAUGUCAUUCUGUCUUCCUUUACUGCAGUGGACACAGGUCAAGAUCCAUAGAUGUGAUUGUCAGGCAUCUGACUGUGGCUAACACCCUGUUCCUUCUCUCCAGAGGAAUCCCACAGAUCAUGGCAGCAUUUGGGAAGCAAGACUUCCUAAAUAACGUUGGAUGCAAACUAGUUUUCUAUCUUCAGGUAACAGCAAAGGGUGUAUCUGUCAGCACCACCUGCAUGCUGAGUGUCUUCCAAGCCAUCACCAUUAGCCCGAGGAGUUGUGGGUGGGCAGAGCUGAAAUUGAAAGCUGCAAAGCACAUUGGGCGAAGUGUCAUCAUGUUCUGGGUCCUGCACAUGCUGCUAAACAUCAGAGUUCCUAUUAUUGUGAGUGACAAAAGGAACAAUACAAACAUUAUGAACAUCAUAGAUUUUCAGUAUUGUUCUGUUAUGAUAUCUAGCAAAGAAAAAACGACUACCUUUGUGGCACUGACUUUAUCCCAUGACAUUUUGUGUUUGAAACUUAUGAUCUGGAGCAGCAGCUCCAUGAUUUUCAUUCUGUACAGGCACAAGAAGCGAACACAGCAUAUUCAUCAUUCUAGCAUCUCAUCAAGAGCUUCCCCUGAGACCAGAGCCUCUCAAAGCAUCCUCAUCCUGGUCUGUACUUUUGUAUCUUUCUAUGCCCUGUCUUCCCUCAUGUACGUUUGGUUUUCUCUUUAUAUCAAAGCUGCUUGGUGGCUGGUUAAAACUUCUGCCUUAACCAAUGCUGGUUUCCCUACUGUUAGUCCAUUCAUUCUCAUGACUCGUGAACAGUUUGUUUGUGAGUCCACGAGGAAGAAGUGA